GGAUCCCGGGGAGGAUUACCCGUCAUGCCCCGCGGGCGAAGAUGGCGACAGCUCAAGCUAAGAGCCGCUCAACUUUGUCCGAGUGAUUUUCCGCACUCUGCUCGAAGGCCGCCGGGCGGCUCUUUGUCCUCGCGCCGAGGCCGCUCGACGCGACCGCAUGCGAGGCGGAGGAAGGACGCUCGCUCCAGGCUCGGGAUAGCUCCGGAGCCCGCCGCGCCGGAGAACGCGGCUUCGGCUCAACUUUCCGCCCCUCGCCGCCGAGCGGCGGGCCGACUGAUCCGACGCCGAGGAGGAAGGACGGACGGCGAGCGGCCCAAGAUGAGCAGCGCGGCGCCGUCCGGGAAGCCCUACCGUAAAGCCCCGCCGCAGCAUCGGGAAGCGCGUCGCGGCCCCGCCGCCGCGCCUGCGCCGACGUCGCCCCCUCGGACGCCGGAUGACGGUCAGGAGGUUUUGUCCGACUCGGAGCGGAUCAGAAUCCUUCGGCAGCAGAAUGAGGAUCUGCGAGGACGCCUGACCUUGUCCACCCGCAAGAUGGAGGCGGCGGAGGCGGAGUUUGACGGGAGCCGCCAUUACAUGGAGGCGGAGCUGAGCCGCACCAGAGACGACCUUGAGAAGAUGAGGGACAAGUUUCGCCGACUCCAGAACAGCUACACGGCAUCUCAGAGGGCCAACCAGGACUUGGAAGAGAAGCUUCACGCUCUGCUGCGGACGGUGGAGCGAGACAAGAAGACCGUGGACCAGGAGAUGGUGAAGCUGACCGACAAGCUCCUGGAGGCCAAGAAUACCAUCGACCGCCUGGAGGAGCUGAACGAGCGGUAUCGGCUGGACUGCAACCUGGCCGUGCAGCUGCUCAAAUGCAACAAGUCGCAUUUCAGGAACCACAAGUUUGCUGACCUGCCGUGCGAACUUCAGGACAUGUUGAAGAAGCACAUGAAGAGCAGCAGCCUGCCCGAGCCCAGCCCCGCCCCCCGCAGCCGGGACCCGGACACGCUGAGUCUGACGCCGUCCGACGUGGUCCCGACCUCGGUGAUCGCUCGGGUCCUGGAGAAACCCGAACCGCUGCUCCUCAACUCGGCGCAGUCCAGCAGCCGCGGCUGGCCGGCCGCCGAGGACGUCUUUGUGCGCGUGGACAUGACGGCCGGGGGGCGGGAGGACGAGGCGCCGCCCGCCGGCGCGCGCCGCAGCCCCGGCGGGCCCGAGGCCGGCGAGGAGGCGGGCGCCGCGCCCUCCUUCGACAAGUUGAAUCCGUACCCGCCGCCGCCGCCCGCUCUGCUGUGCCCCGGCCGAAAGGUCAUCGAGUUUUCCUCGGACGACAAAGUGAAGAUUCCCAAGAAGGGUCCGCUUCCCAACUGCACGUACGCCACGCGACAGGCCAUCUCGCUGGGCCUGCACGGCGAGCAGCGGCCGCCCAGCCCCGCCCCCUGCCGUGACGCCGCCGACACGCCCUCCAGCCAGUCCAGCCCCUUCAGCAGCCCGCCGCAGGGGCCCAGCGCGGGGGCCAGUUCCGCCAGCUCUUCCGAGGACCUCCUGGCCAACUGGCAGCGGGCGUUUGUCGACGAGGUGACGCCCUCCGCGGUGGGCGGGGCCCCGCCCAGGGCCGAGUACUCGGACGGCGAGGAGGGCUCCACCCCGAGCCGCGCCUCCAGCCCGGACGCCGGGGGCCCCUACGGCGGCGGGGAGCGCCUCCUGAUCGACCCGGACCGAGACGGCGGGAGCGGCCGCGCGGCGCUCCAUCUGAUGACGCUGCCGCGCCGCCACGACGACGACGAGGAGGAGGCCGCGGAGCCGGGUCACCUCGUCCGGGACUUGCCCGUCAUUUCGCCCCGGCUGGUGGACUCGGACCCCGCCUUUGCGGCAGCCGCGCUGCCGCGACCUCGCAGGAGCCCCAAGAGAAUGGGGGUGCACCACCUGCACAGACAACAACAAUAACACACGAGACCAAUGCCCCCGCCCCCACCCCCCAGCAGGAUACAGCCAUCAUCUUGUGUAUUUGGACGUGCGCGUGCCGUCUUUUUGGAAGAAAAGCAAAAUGCCAUCGGGAACACGCGAGGGGACUUUGAUGUCCGAGGAAGUGGCCUGGUCUUUGCUUGGGCGUCGCCACCAUGGCCACGCUGACCAACGCGCGUUCCACAUGCGCCCCAAAGCGCGGCGUGUCGGCAAAUCGCCGAGGAGCGUUCCUUUGCUUUACGCCUUGUCAUGAUUGUGUUUGUGACCAGCAGGUGGCACCGUAGGGCUGCCCCUGCAGCCGCACACCUGUUGGUCGUUAGCUAAUGAGUGCUUUAAAGGGACUCCCGGCCCGAGCGCUCGUUGUCGGCUCAGCGUUUGCUCUUUGCUACCGUCGCGGUCGUUUGUUUGCCGUCCCUUUGCCGCUGUCGGCUUUUUGUUUCGGUCACGGUUCCGUUGUAGCUUUAGUCAUGAUUUUUCUUUGCUAUUUUGGACUAGCAUUGUUUUUGGAGUUCUUCAAGUCCACUGUGCUCCUCCCUGCUUUUCGGGCUCCACCAGCACCACACGCAACGUGACGCACGUAAGCCACGCCGAGCCCUUCGAAUGUCGGCGCCGACUGUUUUCUUCAAGACCGCAGAUUGUCGCUCGUGUCCCAACACCUUUUUGUUUUGCGCUUUCUUUUUUGGAGACGUCGCCGAUUGUGACCGGUGUAGUCAAAGGUUUUGCUCACUCUUCAAUUUGUGAAAUAAAAAGAGGAGAAACUCGCUUUGAGCUUACCUGA